AUUGGACACUGUAUUCUCGCGUUGUAUUGACGUGCAGGUCGCGGAUGUAAUGUAGGGUACAUGAGAUCGCAACAUCGAAGAUCCCCUGAGAAUGUCCGAUGAAAUCCCUAUUGUGAAAGAACAGCUACAGUCAGAGCCUGAACAGUCACCGAGCAGCCCAGCUAUUCCUGGCCCGUCUUCUGCCCAUACUUCCUCUGCUUGUCCUGAAGAUGUGGGACCGCAAAAACAACAUGGCGGCAUUGUACACAUCAACCGCCAGCAGAUCCAAGCCGUGGAAGCGGCCGAUCAGGCUUCGGAAUUGCAGGGAUUGGGCUUGGCAGUGUACGAUCAGGAGGUAUUGGAGCGCGGAGUCCUCCAGCAAGUGGAUGACGCCAUUAAUGAAGCCUCUCGGGCGGCACAGAUUGCCGAAGCAGAAAAAGAAAAAGAAAAUCUUUUGGACGAGUUACGUUCCUGUGUCACCUCCUUGCGUCAAAUCAACAAGAUCAUUGAACAGCUUGCUCCACAAGCUGCAGUCUCCAAAGAGAUUGCUCGAAAACUGGAGUCUGUAAAACGGCAAAAACAUAAUAAAGAUCAGCAACUGAAGAAGAUCAAAGCUAAACAAAGACGCCUGGCUGUGAUGUUGGGAGAGAAUCAAGAGGAGAUGGAUAUGGAGCAAGAUAAUUUAGGCGAUACAGAAGAUGUGUUAACCACAUCAUUGGGUAGUAUGAUGAUGCCUUGCCAAGAUAGUGAGUGGGAAGAUCUCAUCCGUACUGGACAGAUGACCCCGUUUGGUACAAAAAUUCUCCCAAAAGAAGAUCGCAAACCACGACGCCUGAUGCUCAAUGAUGCCUCAGACUUUGAAAAGUACCUUGCUGAUCAAGCAGAGAUGACGGCUCAUAGAAAGCGUAACUUAACUCCUAAAAAAGAGAGAAAGAAACCAGCAGUACAAGAGGACCCCACAAAAAUAAAUAAAGCAAAUCAACUUUUAACUAUUCCAAGUGCCGAGAAGAGAUUGAAAAAGAAGAUGAGGAAAUUACAGAAAAAAGCUUUUCAGACUCAGUUCAGGACAGGAAUUCCACGUAAAAAAAGUUCAAUCCCUGAAGAAGGUAGCCAAGGAGAUGAUAGUGAGGGAUCUGUUUACACAUCUGAGACAAAAGAGGAGAGCAUAGAUGUGGAUGAGAAUGAUGAUGAUGAUGAAUGGGUGCCAGAUAGCCCAGGCUCUGAUUAUGAGUUGAAACCUCUGCCUCGGAAAGCAACUGCCAAAAGACCCCGACAGCCAGUUUUAGAUCCAGAGUUUCUUCCAAGUUCUGAUGAAGACGAGGAAGAGUUCUCCAACACGGCAAAGGGUAGACGGUGUAGAGAUGAUGGAAAUUUUAAGUACUACAAGCAUCGCCUACGACAGUGGCAUAAGCAGCAAUCUAAAGAGGCAGAGCAGCAUAGAGCAGCUGAGGAGUCCGAGGACAGUGAUGUGGAGUUUGAUGAGAGUUUUCGAAUACCUGGAGUUCUCUGGAAAAAGCUGUACAAGUACCAGCAAACAGGUGUCCGUUGGCUCUGGGAACUGCAUUGCCAGCAGGCAGGGGGCAUUCUGGGAGAUGAGAUGGGAUUGGGUAAAACUAUCCAGAUAAUUGCCUUUCUGGCAGGUCUAAGCUACAGCCGAAUAAGGACGCGAGGCUCUGAUUACAGAUAUGAAGGACUGGGUCCCAGUAUUAUUGUGUGUCCUGCUACUGUAAUGCACCAGUGGGUGAAGGAAUUCCAUACUUGGUGGCCUCAGUUCCGUGUAGCUGUACUUCACGAGACAGGAAGUUUUCCUGGAAAAAAGGUUAAGCUGCUCGGGGAAAUUGGCAAAAGUCGUGGUAUUCUGAUUACAUCUUAUGCUAAUAUGCGCCUUUUGCAAGAGGAUCUCCAAAAAUAUCAUUGGCAUUACAUCAUCCUGGAUGAGGGCCACAAGAUCCGCAAUCCUAAUGCAGCAGUCACUAUGGCUUGCAAACAGUUCCGUACCCCACAUCGUAUAAUCCUGUCUGGUUCCCCAAUGCAAAACAAUUUGCGGGAGUUAUGGUCUCUGUUUGACUUUGUGUUCCCUGGAAAACUUGGUACACUUCCAGUGUUCAUGGAGCAGUUUUCUGUACCCAUCACCAUGGGAGGGUAUACAAAUGCUUCUCCUGUACAGGUUAAGACUGCAUAUAAAUGUGCAUGUGUGCUACGUGAUACUAUAAAUCCCUAUCUUCUGAGACGUAUGAAAGCAGAUGUAAAGAUGAGCCUGUGCCUUCCUGACAAAAAUGAACAGGUGCUGUUCUGUCGUUUAACUGAUGAGCAGCGACAGGUGUACCAGACCUAUAUAGAUUCCAAGGAAGUCUAUGGAAUACUAAAUGGAGACAUGCGGGUUUUCCCUGGUCUUAUUGCUUUACGAAAGAUCUGCAAUCAUCCAGAUUUGUUCACUGGAGGCCCUAAAAUUCUAAAGGGGACGAGAGAUGAGGAUUUGGAAGAGGGUGAUGAGUUUGGUUACUGGAAGCGCUCUGGAAAAUUGAUAGUUGUAGAAGCACUACUGAGAAUCUGGCAACAGCAAGGACACAGAGCUCUCCUAUUCACUCAGUCACGACAGAUGUUGCAGAUCCUAGAGGUCUUCAUCAUGAGUAUGGGUUAUUCCUAUGUCAAGAUGGAUGGGACCACAACUGUUGCCUCUCGUCAACCCCUCAUCACAAAGUACAAUGAGGAUGCUUCGAUCUUUGUCUUCCUUCUUACAACCAGAGUUGGCGGUCUAGGCGUUAAUCUUACAGGAGCCAACAGAGUCCUUAUCUACGAUCCUGAUUGGAACCCCAGCACUGAUACCCAGGCACGAGAAAGGGCAUGGAGAAUCGGCCAGAUGAAAGAGGUCACUGUAUAUAGGCUGCUAACUGCAGGGACUAUAGAAGAAAAGAUAUAUCACAGGCAAAUCUUUAAGCAGUUCUUGACUAACAGAGUUUUGAAAGACCCGAAGCAGAGGCGCUUCUUCAAAUCCAACGAUAUGUAUGAAUUGUUCACAUUGAGCAGUCCAGAUGCAGGUCAAGGAACAGAGACCAGUGCAAUUUUUGCAGGGACUGGUUCUGAUGUGAAACUCUCAAGACCUCCUAAAAAACAAAUAAGGGGCAUUAAUGGUGUAAAUGAAGAGAAUUCCCCUAUCGCUGUAAAAAACAAAAAGCCAGUGCCAUUGUCUGCCACUAGCACCUUGUCCAUUUGCUCGGAGGGCUUUCCACAAGAUGGCUUGCAAAAAAAACCUGAUUUACAAGCAGAUCUUAGUGAGAACCUAAAAGCUGUCAAAGAACACGGCUCAUCCCCAGAAAACAAUCACCGAAAACACAAAGCCAAGACGAAACACCAGGAUAAAGGGAAAAGGCUAAAAGAUGGUAAUGGAGAGAGGAUUUCGCAUUUACUGAAGCAAAAGCCAUUCAAGAAGCCAGAGAAUGAAGAGCAGCAGGAAAAACACAAGUCAAGUGAUGAAUAUGUUUUGGAAAAAUUGUUUAAAAAAUCUGGUGUUCAUAGUGUCAUGAAGCAUGAUGUUAUUAUGGAUUCCUCAAAUCCAGACUAUGUGCUGGUUGAACAAGAAGCAAGUAGAGUGGCCCAAGAAGCACUACGUGUCCUAAAAGUUUCCCGUCAACGCUGUAACGCAGCCUCCUCUGGAAUCCCAACAUGGACUGGGACAAGUGCUGGCGUCCCUCCAAAAAACAGAUUUGGACAGAAAAAGAACCCACUUUUGCUUCAACCAGCUAUUUCAGAAAGCAAGAUCCCUCAGGACAAAUGCAAGGACGCCAAGAUCACAAAGCAGCUAGCUGUGAUUAGGACUGCUACAUCAUCCCAUUUUAAUGGAGAUGCCCAGUCCAAAGAACCAACUACUUCUGCAUUGUCGUCCACUUCUUUGCUUGCUCGCAUGAAAGAAAGAAAUCAUCUCUUGCUUCCUUCGAGAGAAGACAGUGAAACAGGAGCUACAACAACAGACUCUACAGAGCACGAUGAGCUUCUCACAGAUGUGAGAAACUUCAUAGCAUUCCAAGCUCAUGGUGAAGGUGAAGCCAGCACACAAGAACUACUUCAUGAGUUUGAAAACAAACUUUCUUCCUCACAGUCCUGUGUCUUUCGGGAACUUUUGCGUAGGCUGUGUACUUUUCAUCGGAAUAGUAAUGGUUCUGGAGUCUGGAGGCUAAGACCUGAAUUCCGCUGAUCAUUCCUUUUUAAACUGCCCACUUUAAAUGUACAGCUGAUAUUAAGAUUGCUAAACACUUGGCACAGGUGCAGAAAAAUGGUGUUUGUGUAGUCAUAAGGGCAUAUAUCAAGUUGGUGCUUUACCUGAACAGACAGAGCUGCAGUAUUUUUAUUACACAAUGUCAAAAUGCUUCUCUAUUCUGUUCAUUCUAUAUAUACCUAUCAACAUUCACGAUAAAUUGUUGAGCACGCAGACCUAGUGAUUCAAAUUACUGGUGUCUGGUUAAGUGCCUAUGGUAAAAAAAUAAAAUAAAUCAAAUUAGUUAUGUUGGUGCUUAACAUGUAAAAGGGGACAGGGGAAAGGGUUUAUGUAUAGUAGCAGUUACCUGCUCUACUUUGCUGCUAGUGUAUUGAAUUUUUUUUUUAUGUCAUAAAAAUGAUACUGUAA